AUGGCCAGUGUAGUGGGAAAGCCCCUAUACACUGAUAAAUUUACUGCUCAUUAUGAGAAGAUAUCCUAUGCUAUGGUACUUGUGGAGGUAGAUGCUGCAUAUCCUCUGCCAGAUCAACUAGAGAUAGAAUUACCUUUUGGCCCAAUGGUACAAACUAUUGAAUAUGAUUGGAAACCUGUCUUUUGUAAUGACUGUUUGAAAUUUGGGCAUGAUUCUAUUGGUUGCUGGCACAAUACAAAGUGUGAUGAGGAGUUGGAUACUAAGGAAGGGGAAAGACCAAGAAGGCAGAGGAGAAGAGGAAAGAAGCAAGUUAAAGCUGUUAAACAAGCAUGGGUUGUGAAGAAGCCUGAAGUGAAUGCAGAAUCAGAACCACAGAAGGAAGCAAAUGCUGGGACUAGCACACAGGAGAACAUCUGUAGAAAUCCAAUGAAUGAAGGAAAUAUUGACAAAGGGAAGGAAAUUGCUGAAAUAAGGCAUGCUGGGAGAAGAGGACAACAGAUAGAUCCAGAUGUAAUGGGAUGUAUUGAAACCAGAGUUAAAGAACAUAAGGCUGAGAAAAUACAAAAAAAGAUUGCCCAGAGAUGGAAUGUUUGCUACAAUUAUUCAUAUGCUGUGAAUGGGAGAAUUUGGAUACUGUGGAGAUCUCACAUACAAGUACAGAAUGAUGGCCACCAAAGGGAGAGCCUAUGGAGGGACCUUAGACAGAUAAAUGCACAGGCUCAGGAAACAUGGCUGCUUAGUGGAGAUUUUAACAAUAUUCUAUCCUCUGAGGAUAGAAUAGGAUCCCCUAUAACUACUAUUGAAACACAGGGAUUUAAAGAUGUAAUUGAUGCUUUACAGCUAACCCCUCUUAGAGCUAAAGGAUGGCAUUACACUUGGACAAACAAACAAGGUACUGGUUCAAGAGUAUAUAGUAAGAUAGAUUGGGCUUUGGGGAACUACUGGUGGAUACAACAAUAUGGUCAUGUAGAAGCAGAUUUUAUGAAUCCAUUAGUUUCUGAUCAUUCCCCUAUCCUAAUAAAAUGUGGUAAGCAGAAGUUAUUGCAUCCUAAACCAUUUAGACUAUAUACAAAUGUCAUGGAGCUUCCACAAUUUCAGAGCAUUCUACAACAAGUUUGGAUUCAGAACUAUGAUGGAACACCUGUGCAACCGAUUUGGUGCAAACUGAAGACUAUGAAGACACUACUGAAGGACACUAAUGCCUAUAUGGCUUCAUACAAACAAAAGCUUGAGCAGGCAAGAGAAAAAUUGGUUAUUGUUCAGAACCAAAUUCAGCAAAAUCCUUUGGCACAUGGCUUAUUUGAUCUAGAGAAAGACACUUUCGCUGACAUUGAAAAAUGGAGCAAUGUUGAGGAACAAGUGAUGAGACAGAAGUCCAAGGCUAGCUGGAUUGAAUGCGGGGAUGCUAAUACAAAAUAUUUUCAUGCUCAGUGGAAGAUUAGAUCCAGCCAAAACAGCAUAACAUCCAUAUAUACUGAUACAGGAGUAAAGAUAACAGAUCCCAAAUUAGUUGAGCAGGAAUUCAUUAGUGUGUUUCAAUCUUUGAUGGGAGAUUGUGCUACUGAAAUACCAUGUACAAACACAACUGUAAUUAAAGAAGGACCAUGCUUAACUACAUCACAACAAAGAAGUCUAAUUCAGGAUGUUACAAAUGAGGAGAUCACAAAUGCAGUAUGGGAGAUGCCUAAAGACAAUGCACCAAGGGUUGAUGGGUUCCCUGUGGGGUUCUUUACCAGAAACUGGGAGACAGUGAAAAAGGAUAUAUUUGCAGUUGUGAAUUUUUUUUUCUACUAG